AUGUUUCGAGUUUGCCACACUUCCAUGCGCAUGGGGUCGUUCAAGUCGACCAAGGCAUGCGGAUCGCCCUUUGUCAAGGAGCUGGCUCCGUCGAGCAAACGCAUUCAACAACUGAUGGAUGACCAGGAAAAUGCGUACGUGCAAGUGAUCGCCCCGGAGCCUGAGUCGCGCGGACCGGCUCCACGGCUCCAUCGCAGCCACAUCGUGCGCGAUCGAUACUUUGCCGCCGCUGCCGCUACCAUGUCCAAGACAACCCACAACCCACCCAAGAGCAACCAGCGUCGGCGCGAUUCCUUCAAGCGGGGUGCCGAAUCGUCCGCCUCGCUAACGCCUCCAAGGCCCUCGUCGGCCGUGGCCAAGCCAUCGAAACAAUCGUCGUUUGAACACCAUCGGCUGUAUCACUUCUACAACCGCCAAGUGUUUGCGUUGGGAGGUGAAGCGAGCGACCAGCCAGGCUCGAACGCGAGCCUGCAGUACCAGCUCAGCAGCGCUACGGAUGGAAAUGUUGAUGGCGCCCGCGUCGACUCCAACUCGGACGAAGAUGACGUGUUCGACACGGCAUCUGCCGACGACGACGGCUUUGACGAGAGAGUUUUAGAUUCCAAUCCACCGACGGACGACUUGUACGACCAGUGCUUUGACGUGGACUGGGCUGCCAGCCAUAUCGAGAAAGUUGUCAAGGAUGGCGUCGAGUGCCGUCGCAUUUACGCAGCCAUAAAGCCGCAUUACCGCAUCCUCGUGGGUUUGUUUCGGCAGUUUGCCACCUGCGCUCCGACGGCCACGGAGCCGCUUCGAUUGACGGCCAAGGUGAAGCUGCUCGAGGGACUCAACGUCGUGGUCCCCGACCCCAGUCGCCACGGAAUAAACGACCAACCGAUUCCUCGCCACAGCUUCGUGUCGUUCCUGGUUCACGUCGCUCAAGUAUACCUCAAGCGCGAAGAGCUCGUCGGGAUGCUCAAGCGUCUAGCCCGAGAAGGGCUCGAUGCGUCGGCCGCCUUCCAUCACCUCUUGCAUGACAAUAUCCUGCCGUAUGCGGCCAUCCAAGACGGCGCGCAUUUUCGCCGCCUCUUCCACGACCACGCGGCCAUCCAGUGCCUUCACUUCAAGUACAUUCAGGCAACGACCAAAGUGUUUCAAGCGCAUGCGACGCUCGCGACCAGCGACCCCCUGUCGAGUUCCGGGGCACGCGAUCCCCCAAGCAACGUUCGCUUUCUCAAACUUGCCGGCUUCCUCGCGAUACUGUCUCAAUUGCAUCAAAUGGACGCCAAAUUGGACGACGCCAAAGCGACGCAAAUUUUCGUGUCGUGCUUGCCCGUUUGGCCCGACGAGUUUGCGACGGCUGCGCAGGAACUCACGUUUGGUGGGUUUCAAGAAGCACUCACCAAGGUCGCGUACACGGCAUGCGCGCUAGCUCUGUGCAAUGGGAACGACGACGUUUGCCCUGGACGACCCAACUCGGAGCGAUGCACUUGCCCCGCAAAUGCCACCGAGGAUGGCGAGCGCUACUCGAUCCACGUUCUUGCCGACAAGCUACAAGCGAUGCUGACGAAAUGCGGGGCUCCCGUCACCCGGCGGGCAAGGCGGCAAUCCGUUAAGCCAGACUCACUUGCCAAGUUCGUCCAUGCUUCGUCAAGUUAA